AUCAGAAAAGUUCUGCCAGCGGAGAACCCUAUGAAUGCAAUAUUUGUGGGAAAUAUUUUGCUGAAAGGAGGGCACUUUCACUUCACAAGAGGGUCCACACUGCAAACAUAUAUUUCAAAAAUGAAGCAUUUGGAAAAGGCGAGGAUAGCGACCCGCAAUUCAGGAGCCACCAGAAAAUCAAAAGAGGAGGAAAAAAAUACCAAUGUCAGGAAUGUGGGAGAAGUUUUGCCAGGAAUUUUUUCCUUCAGGUGCACCAGCGAGUCCACACAGGAGAGAAGCCAUACAAAUGCCAGGAAUGUGGAAAAUCUUUUAAUCACAAGUCACAACUCCUGAAACACCAGAGAGUCCACACAGGAGAGAAACCAUACAAAUGCCAGAAGUGUGGGAAAUGUUUUGCUCAGAAUUUUAGCCUUUUUAAACACCAGAGAGUCCACACUGGAGAGAAGCCAUACAAAUGCAAAGAAUGUGGGAAAUGCUUUGCCCAGAGUUCACACCUUCUUGGACACCACAGAGUCCACACUGGAGAAAAACCAUACAAAUGCCAGGAAUGUGGAAAAUCUUUUAAUCGCAAUUCACCUCUUUGGGCACACAAGAGAGUCCACACUGGAGAGAAACCAUACAAAUGCAAUGAAUGUGGGAAAUGCUUUGCCCAGAGUUCACAUCUUCUCAGACACCAGAGUGUCCACACUGGAGAGAAACCAUACAAAUGCCAGGAAUGUGGAAAAUCUUUUAAACGCAGUUCACAUCUUGUGAGACACCAGAGAGUCCACACCGGAGAGAAACCUUACAAAUGCUAUGAGUGUGGGAAAUGUUUUGCUAACAAUGCAAACCUUCUGACUCACCAGAGAGUCCACACUGGAGAGAAACCAUACAAGUGUCAUGAGUGUGGAAAAUGUUUUACUCUGAGUACACAACUUCACGUGCACCACAGUCUCCACAUUAGAGAGAAAUCAUAAAAAAUGCCAGGAAUACAGGAAACAUUUUGCUCAGAAUUUACACCUUCAGGGACACAAGAGACAGGUCAUAUAACCGCAAGACUAAGAGUGUUUUUGUUAUUAUUUCUGAGUCAGAUAUUACGUGGCAUGAGGGAAUCCACACAGGAAUGAAACCAAACAAAUGCCAGGAUUGUGGGAAAUAUUUCACUUCCAAUUUACAUCACAGAGUGUAGACAAGGGAAGCCUACACAGGAGAAUUAUUGCAGUUGUUGGUGAAGUCAUUGAUGAGUUUUGACUAUUCAGUUUUAUUUCAUCUCUAUCCCAAUUCAUGAGAAAAUUAACUCCACUUUCCUUUUAGUGGCUAAGACUAACUUUUACAGCAUGGAGACCCUUCCAGCUGUAAAGUUGUUUUGUCAGUGGUGUUUUAGAGAAAACAAGAUGCUCGUUUUUCCACUUUCACUUCAUGACAUAAUUCUGUACACUGUGAAUCAUGAUAGAGGAUGGUGGAAAGGUGGUCGUAACAAAGUGUGCCUCCUGACUUAUCCUGGUUAUUCUUAAUGGAAAAGCUACCUGUGGCCACUGACUGGCCCCCCAUAUUUUGUGAUCAUAGGUUCCCUAUGUCUGAAAGACCUGCUCUGGCUUCUUGUUGCAUAAGCAGGCUGAUCUCAUGGUCUUGAUUUCAGCUCUUGACGCCCUGCACAGACUGAGGAUUGGCUGCCUGAGAGGGACCGACUGCCUGGCUUUUUACUAGCCUGUUAAGAUUUUUCAGGAGAGGUCCUGUUAAGAAUACCAACAGUUUCAGAAAUGUCAUGCAGGAAAGGGCCUGCUUGUGUGUUGCUUGUAGGUCACAAAAGCCACUGCCAACUCUUGACUGAUUUUAAGGAGGGAGGAAAAUUUCAGUUGGCACAUCUUUCACCCACUAUGCGGCUUGUUUUUUUUUUCCCUCCAAUCGUGUAUCUGCAUCUUUUGCUCUUAUCUUGGUUUUAAUUAUAAUAGCUUGGUAUGAAUGGGAUGAUGGCAAGGCAGGUUUCUAUCAAUUUUUUGU